GUGGAGCCUCUCGUGGAGCCCUUGGGGCUUGCACUCUGGUGGGGGGCAGCCAUUGGUUGCAAGCAUGGGGUCACUAGAGCGGUGGUCUGACCCAGAACAGGGGAGGUUUCUCUGAGGAAGGCAGUGUCUUGGGGUGACAGUGAACUUCCAGGGAGGAAGCCUCUAGUUUGUUCGUAUGAUAGAUAACCAGCAUCUGGCGAGCUGAUGCAAAGCGUCAACUGUGCCGUAGGGAAUAUAUCUGUGACUAAAUUAGAAUCUCUUAAUGUUGCCGUGAAGUGAGACAGGUUGCCAAUGUUGUAUCACACAGGUAGGAACCAAGUGCCGUGAGCUCCGGAUUCUGAAACUCUUUUUGUCUCAUGAUUGAGUUAAGACACACGUAGGAAACAUUCGUGUUAUAUAUGCUGAAUUUAAAACGUCAUACCUUGGUUUUAUUAUGGUAUGGCUUUCAGCUACUUGAAGGCACCUACUUGGUCUGGUUCACGCCCAUAUUUCCUGGAAGAGCCUUGGAGCUCAGCUCAGUAGGAGCCCAGUGAUGUUAAAUGAAGACAUAAGUGAUGCAGUAAUUGUAGGGCUUCAAAAAUAAGGGGAUAACCAGAGACUUAUUUAGGAUAAUUAAAAUGACAAAAGAGCCUGAGGGACUUCAAUAUGAAGGUAAACCCGAAGUCAUUAAGCCCCGUGAUUCUGGAAAUACAAAGGCUAAUAGCAGCAGGGAGCUGAGCGUAUUCAUUCCUGAAGGGGAUUUGUACAAAUCAAAGGAAUGUUAGCUUCAUUUGCACAUUUCCAGAGAAAGAGAUUUGGGAUCUGAGAGACUUGAGUGCCAGCCUCAGGCUAGCCACAAAGUAGUCUUGACCUUGGGUUUUACUUCUCAAAACUUCACUUUCUUCAUCUGUGAAAUGGGGGUAACAGUGGUGCGGUUAAUGAGGAAAAUGUAGGUAGAGUGUUAGCACAGUGCCUGGCAUGAGAAGUGUGCACUCUUACUUUAAAAGUUCCUGUGCUGUGUGCAUUGUGUGGAAAGAGGCAGACCCUGCCCUAGUUGUAUGAGAAAUUAUCUCUUUCUGAUUGGUAUAUAGAAGCCAGAUCUUGGUAAAUGAUAAUGAUAAAUAUCUGAAAUAAUCAAUGCAGAAGAUUUUUUAAUGGAGGUUAUUCUGUUAUACUUCUUUCCGUGUUGUGUUACAAGAAAACAGCAGUGACAGCUGAAAAACCAUUACGUCUUUCAUCAUGCAGACCUAAUUGAUAGCAAAUGUACAUCAUGUAUUAUUCUCUGUCACUUAGAAGUAUAAUUGAUGCAGAAGACUUUAAAAAAUUAUUUGGGUUCUCAUGCAUUAAACUGACCUACUUGUAAUUUAUAGAAGGAAAGACAGCACAAGAAGUGUCUGCCUAAUUUGCUAAUUUCUGCCCUUUGGAGAGCCUUUGUAACUUAUGUUCUAAGUAGAGGUUUACACACGAUCAAUCGUAUCUACUGUAGGAGAAAUGCGCUUCUAAACUCACGUCUAUUUAAGCUGAGGCCCAGUUUAAAGCUACACUACUCUUUUUUAUAUUCUUAAAACUACUUUGUGAUCUUUAUGGAAUUUUUUCUAAAAUUUUGAGAAAAUUGGUAAUAGCUACAGAAAUUUUAAAACCAGAGUUCAAAGUCACCUUCAGCAAUUACAUUUCUUGGUGUGUAUAUUUUGUUGGGUAUUGUACUGGAUUUAGAAGUUAAAGACUUAGUCCUUUCCCUGAGAUGAUUUACAGUCUGAGUAGGUAGAACGAAAAGAUACAGAAAAACACUAAAAACAGUCUAUGAUAAGUGGUUUCAACACAGCCUCAGGUAGAUACAGUGAGCGAGCAGUUUCAGAGAAGGCUUCUUGGGACUGGGGUUUGAGUGAGUAAGCUUUGAAGAAUGACUAGCUUGUAAAUAAAUGGGGAGACUAUUCCAGAAAGAGAAAACAGUGGGCAGAGGAAUAGCAGUAGACUAUGGGAUUGUAGCUCUCGCAUGGACAGUGAAUGGGGAAAUGGCAAAAUUUGUGACUAAAGCAGAGUCAGAAUGAUGGGAAGUAGGCUUAAGCUACAUUGGGAAGGACUUUAAAUGCUAAUUAAAGAAGUUGCACAGUAUUCUAUCAGGUGGCCCUUGAAGGUUUGGGAGUAGGAUGUUGACCAGAAUAGUUAGAAUAUAUUUGAGGUAGAUGAUAGUGUAGUAGAAUGGUUAGAAAGGGAAUAUCAGAAAGUUAAAACCCAUUCAGUGUUUAGCUCAUUAUAUUAUUUGUAUUGAAGCCGUAUCCGUGGUCUUAAGGAUAUGGAAGGCUGCCACAUGCAGUGGCCUCAUCCCUCUACCUCCUUGACAAGAACCACUAUUUUGAAGCAACGAUAGUUCUUACAAAGCAGUUCCCAGGCAGAAUCGUCAGGGACCCAGACCAUCUUAAAACCCAUGUUAGAGGACUGCCCUGCAGGGCUACUCAAUAUGCCACAGCUCUGUACAUUUUACAUUUUGUAGAUUCAUGGAAUAGUACUUAAGGUGUUUGUUUUAAACAAAAGUAAACUUCCCAGGCACAUUAAUAACGUUUUAAAGUUUAUUUAUUUAUUUUGGUAGAGAGUGGGGGAGAGGCAGAGAGAGGAUCCCAAGCCAGCUCCAUGCUGUCAGCAUGGAGCCCGAUGCAGGGCUUGAACCCAGGAACCAUGAGAUCAUGGCCUGAGCUAAAGUCAGAGGCUUAACUGACUGAGCAACCCAGUGCACCAAAAGUUUUGUUUAAAACUAGGUAGGAGCUUUUAAAUAAACCAAGAUUCUGUGGCAAAAGGUAAUUGGGCCCCUUCCUGGACUGCUUAUUUAAGUCUAUCAAGUGUUUUAUAAGAAAUGCUAUUUUUCCCCCCAGAAGGAGCAGCUGCUAAUCGUAUCAGGCCACCAUGUUCUGCUCAGCAACAUUCUUCUUAAGAAGUACCAAGGGGGAAAAAUGUGGUGGAGUGGAAAGGGGACUGGCCUGUGUCCCCAGGACUGCUACAUGCAUGUAGUUGAGAGACACGGAUUUGAAUGCUGCCUUGAAUGUUUAUUACCAUUAUGACCUCAAACAAGUCAUUUAGCCUGUUGGAACCUCAACGUUUCAUCAACAAAAUGGGGAUAUUAGUAAGUUCCUUAGAGGGAUGCAUUGUAUGAUCUAAAUAACCCUAUUUAGGUCUAAAUAACCCUAUUUACCAAGAACAGUGCUUAGGAUAUAUCAGACACUCCGUACAUGAUAGUUCCCCUCUCUAAUUCAGUCCCCUUCCUCUUGCUGCCAUAUUCCUAAGCACUAGCCAGCAAUGCAACCUUAAAUCACUUUUCUUUUCUAGACCUCUAAAUGUCCUGAACUGUGCCAUUAAGUCACACUUUUCAUUUAUCUUUGCUCAGCCUCACCUUCCAUUCCCCUGAUAUCCCCACUAACCCUUUUCACUGAGAGCACUGAGAACUUCUCUUACCUCUUCCUUUGCUCCCACAUCUGGACUUACCUGCAUCCACCUCAGUCAUUUCUUCUGGUCUUGAGUGCCUUCCUCCCACUGAACACCAAUUCCUGUACUAGAUUCCAUCAUUUCUUGCCACCUCAUCUAUCAAUUGUUUGCUCUCUCUGUAAUUGUGUUUGCUCUCUCUUGUUAUGGGCUUUUCCUACCCAAGACUCUUCUACUUAUAGAAAAAGUCCCUUCCUAGCUCCUUCAUCCUUCCUGUAGUUAUUUUUCUAUUUUCUCUCUCCCAGGUUUAGGAGGAAAAAAAAUAUGUGUGUUAUUUCCAUAUCACUCUUUGCUCAACCCACAGGUCUCUAUUACUGUCACUACUAAGACUACAAUAGUGAAGAACAUCUACUCUCUUUUUUCCUCUUGGGAUCAUCUCAUGUACCCUCAUGGUUUUUUACUGUCGUCUGUAUACUGAUGCUCUCUUCUCUCUCUGCCAUACUUCUUACCUGAGCUGUAGAACCCUACACUCAGUUGUGUGUUGGACAUCUCUACCUCAGUAUUCCACAGAUUCUACAACAUGUCCAUAAGUGAACUGGAUUAAUCAUCUCUUUCCCCUCCUUCCCCCUGCUGUGGACACUCCCCUCCCAAUAAGCCUGCACUUUCUCCUAAAUUCCCUGACUUGGCUGGUGGAACGGCUAUCCAUCCCAUUAACCAAAUAUGAAACCUGGGUAAAUCCCUGACACAACUACCUCCUUUCUCCACAUCCAGCCCAUGACAUCUGAGCAGAGGACUGAACGACGAGGGGCCAGCCCUAUGAAGCUCUGUGGGGAGAUCUAAGGCAGGGAUGGCACUCUGCCUUUGCUCUCAUGGUAUUCUGCUCUGACCACACUGGCCCAGAUUUGCCUGACUCCUGUAUGCAGUGAUGUUAAGAGGAUUAUUUAUACAGGAAAACUUUUUAAAAAAAUUUUUUUAAUGUAUAUUUAUUUUUUAGAGGGGGGAGGGGCAGAGAGACAGAACCCAAAGCAGGCUCCAGGCUCUGGAGUGCGAGUGGGGGAGGGGCAGCCUGCUUCAGAUUCUGUGAUUCUUCAGAUUCUCCCCUGCUUGCUCGUGCUUGCACUCUCUCUCUCAAAUAAAUAAACAUUUCAAAAAAUUUAUAUAAUUUUAUAUUCCAUAUAGUUUGUUGUUAAAUAUGCCCUUCAGUAGAGAAUAUUCGGUUUUAUAUCUUGAUUUUUUAAGUUAGAAAACUUACAAUCUUAUAUAAUCUAUAUAACUAAAAAGAUUGACUUAUUUUUAUGAUCUGUAUUUGCACAAGUAUGUUAAUAGGUUAUACAAAAACAGAAUUGAUCACUGGAAGCAAAAGCUUUCUGUUUAUCCCAGGCAAACAACUCUUUCCACCAGGAGGGAUAAACAUAAUUUUCUGCGUGGGCUCCCUAGCUGCUUCCUGGCACUCGAUAUGAUGUUGAGUACUGUGGUCACAUGUGAACAUUGGGUUACAAGCACCCUGGCAGGAGAGCCUCUGUUACGUGUAUCUUUGUACCACCCACAAUGCUAACCUAGUGGUGUCCUGCACAUAAGCCUCCAGUAGAUAGUGGCUGAAUGACUCACUGUUGUCUCUCUGCAGAGGUCAGUUCCUCAGUUCAGUGACGCAGGUUGCAUUUCAGCUACUGGGGCUGCAAUAUCCAGGUGGGGGCUGUGGACUCCUGUAGCCUCUUAAUUCUCUUGAUCACCCACCGUUUACACAGUUGCCCUUUCAGAACCCUCCUCCCUUCUCCCCCACUGCUUUGGAUGGUGAUUGCUUCUCUUCCUCCCCUUACUCUAUAUCUCUCAGCCAUGAUUUAGGGCCAUUUUUACAGUCUGCUCAUUCCCUGAGAAUGAGGUACCUCUUCUGGGAGAUACUGCCAUCCUCAAUGGCACUGCAAAUAGGUUUGUGUUGACUGAUCUCCAGGCUCUCCAAGUCAUUUUGCCCUUAUCCUGAUUACAAGGCACCAUCUGUCUCCAUGGCUUAAUGAAUCGAGGGCUCAUAAAUAUAGCUGAUAUCUAAAUUAGUUCCAAAUCACAGUGAAGAAAGGAUAAUAGUCUCCUUCGCCAGAGAUGGGUGGGCAAUUACUUUUAUAGCUUUGGAGAAAAAUGGAUUAUGCAGAUACUUCCCUCAAAUUGGUGGCCCUGAGUCACUGUCCCUAUAUGCCGAUGCUUUUGCUCAGGGACAGUAACUUGCCUGCCCUGUUUCAGGAGAAAUAGAAAGAUUAUCUACCUGACCCAAGUUCACUCAGUGAAUCAGCAGUCAGAUUCUAGCCAUCAUAGUCCUUCUGCUACUUUGGCUUAUGAGGGUCAAAAGAAUUUUUCAAGCAUGAAGAAUAUUAAAAUAACCGUUAAAAAACUGACCUAGUAACCUUGGCCUGUUGCCUAAUGCAGUAUGGCUGAUAAGAAGGAAAUCCCUUGCAGUGAGAUGGCUGAGUGUUAAGUGUACUACACAGGUUGUGAUUUUUCUAGAAAUUGCGGGGGCGGGGGGUGCUGUUAAACAGUUUUAAAAGAUCUAUUGCCAUUUCUGGUGAAUUUGUUCCUACAGUCAGUGGGAUCUGGAAUCCUUGAGAUCCAUGGGCUACAGUGAGUGAGUUGUCUCUGGCCUCCCCCUUACCUGCAAGUAUUUUACACCAGAAGGAAGCAGAACCACAUGCAGCUACCCAAACAGCCUGUGCUACACCAACACAUAUGCUCACUGCCUACCAUUCUCUAGGCACAUUGCCAUACACUUGACAUAUCCACGUCUCUGAUCAUUAAAGCAGCUUUAUCACGUAAAUAUUAUUAUCCCCAUUUUAUACGUGAGGAACCUGGGGAUCAACAUAAUUAAGUAAUUUUCAUGGGUUUCCAUUGAGGCAGAGGCAGGAUUUGAACCCAGUCCUGUUUAGCUCAUGUUGUUUCUGCAAUGCUUCCUUGCCGUUCAGUGCAUUUUUUUGCCCUCCCUAUGCUUAUUCUCUGUCUCCUCUUCUGUUUCCCUUUCAGAAUCCUUAUCAAUCACAAGGGUUUUUUGAAAUAUAAAAAUGUGUGUAUAUAUUAUAUGUACAUAUAUGAUAUAUUCACAACACAUGUACUUUUAUAUCUAUAUACCCAUAUAGAUGUAGAUAUUUAUAGACAGAUAUAAAUAGAUAUAUAGAUGUAUAUAACAUUAAAUGAGGAAAGAUAUACCCCUCAAAUGUUAAUGGUUGUUUUAUCUGAGUAGUAGAAUAAUUUGUGAUUUUCAUUUUUUCUUUGUGUUUUUGUGUCUUUCUCAAACUAGUAUUAUUGUCAUCAGGAAACAGUUUUUUAAAUCUUUCACAUCCUUUCAAAUUCAUAUGCUACUACCUUUGUGAGUAAAAUCUUUCCUGAUCUCCACACUAAUGCUACUUUCUCUUUUGAAACACACUCUCCCCAGCACUUUUUUUGGUAAGAUUAGUUACUUAUUUUGAGAGAGAGAGGGAGGGGGAGUUGCAGAGAGAGAGGAGAGAGAAAACCUCAGGCAGGCUCCAAACUGCCAGCGCAGAACUCAGUGCGGGGCUCAGACCCAUGAACUGUGAGCCCAUGACCUGAACUGAAAUCAAGAGUACGAUGCUUAACCGGCAAGAGCCACCCAGGCGCCACUCCCCAGCACUUUUAUUGUCUUGGGUCAUUUCCAGCAUUUUGCUUUGUAUUCUGUGUAACUGCAGGUCCCCAGGUCCCACAAAUUGAUAGAGGAAAGGAGUCGGGGAGGCACAGCUAAUGAUAAAAAAGGUAACGGAAUAGCUGUUGCUCCAUUAGGAAAGCUAGAAUCUUCCUGCUGUAUCCACUAUAUCCCAGACUUUUUGGUCUCAUCCCCUCCCUGUGGUCCUGGCCAUGUCUCUUCCACAUUGCUGUUCCUAUGACCUGAGUCAGCCAUGAUGCUCACUCUGUGUGUGAUGCUGUCCCCUCUCCUUCACUUGGUACCAAGCUAGGCCCCAUUAUUCCAUCAGCCUCACACCAUCUAGACUGUGCCUCUACCCUUCAUCACUUUGCUGAAGUGGGACCAUCUCCCACCCAGGAAGGCCUGUCUGCAGCAACCAGAACUGGAAGCCUGGUGGCCUGCUUGACAUGCCCUGUGCUUGGGUAGACAAGCAGAAGCAACCCUGCUUGGGCUGUCAUCAGUCCACCGUGUCCUCUUCUAAGCCUCUCCAUUAACUUCUUGGACAGGAGCUGAGGACCAGUCAACUUUGUACACUCUGUGCACUCUGAAGCAGCUCUUAACAUAGGAUGGUCUCAGACUCCUCAGACUCCUCAAAAUCAAGUGUACCUAUUUCUCCUCAGGCUAGAUAGCCCAGGUCACCCUGGACAUCAUACAGCACAUAUGUUCUAGCAGGAUAUGAAAAGGAAUUUUAAGAAAGAACCCAGAUGGCAGGAGUCUUAUGACAUUCUCUUGACCAUUCCCAUGACUCUAUGGGGCUCUAGACCAUCCUUGAGGAUACAAGAGUGACAAGCCACAACUACAUCAAAAUUUGUAGCAAAUAAGAGCUCCAGAACUGGGCGUGUCCUCCUGACAUGGCCUCCACCGCCUCCCCUCUGCCGCCUACCACUGAGGUUGCCAGUUCUGAGAACAGCAGCUCCUUCUAUGACUACGAGUACUACCUGGACAGUGUGGCCUUCAUGCUCUGCCGGAAGGAUGAGGUGAUGUCCUUUAGCAGGAUCUUCCUGCCAGUCUUCUACAGCCUGAUCUUUGUGCUGGGUUUGGGCGGAAACCUCUUUCUUCUAGUGGUCUUGCUCCGGUACAUGCCUCGCAGGCGGAUGACUGAGGUCUAUCUGCUGAACCUGGCCAUCUCCAACCUCCUGUUUGUGGUGACACUGCCUUUCUGGGGCAUCUCUGUGGCCUGGCAUUGGGUCUUUGGGAGUUUCUUAUGCAAGAUGGUGAGCACCCUCUAUACCAUCAACUUCUACAGUGGCAUCUUCUUCAUUAGCUACAUGAGCCUGGACAAGUACCUGGAGAUCGUCCACACUCAGCCCCACCACAGACUGAGGACCCGGGCCAAAAGUCUGCUCCUGGCUGCCAUGGUAUGGACUGUGGCCCUGGCUGUCUCCAUCCCUGACAUGGUCUUUGUGCAGACACAUGAAAACCCCACAGGCGUGUGGAACUGCUAUGCAGAUUUCGGAGGACAUGGGACCAUCUGGAAGCUCUUUCUCCGUUUCCAGCAGAACCUCCUGGGGUUUCUCCUUCCACUCCUUGUCAUGAUCUUCUUCUACUCCCGCAUUGGCUCUGUGCUGGUCAGGCUGAGGCCCCCAGGCCAGGGCCGGGCUCUGAAGAUAGUCGUAGCCCUUGUGGUGGCCUUCUUUGUGCUGUGGUUCCCAUACAACCUCACCUUGUUUCUGCACUCACUGCUGGACCUGCAAGUCUUUGGGGACUGCAAGGUUAGCCAGCACUUAGACUAUGCCCUGCAGGUGACAGAGAGCAUUGCCUUCCUUCACUGCUGCCUCACCCCCAUUCUCUAUGCCUUCUCCAGCCGCCACUUCCGCGGGUACCUGAAGGCUUUCCUCAUCACUGUGCUCCGGCACAACCAGGCACCUCGCCCUGCACAGGCCCCACUGUCCAGCUGUUCUGAGAGUAGCACGCUCACUGCCCAAGAAGAAAUGACUGGCAUGAAUGACCUUGGGGAGAGGCAGGCUGAGCACUCCCCCGACAUGAAUGACACGGGAGAAAAUGAAGCCUGAGUGGCCAUACCACAGUCUGGUGAGAGUGGAUGGGACCCAGCUCAGUUGGGCAUCCACCCAAAGUCCUCUCUUCAAGGGCCUCAUGGACCAUGUUGUCAAACCCAGUGGUCAGUUCUCCGUUCUCAACCAUCAGCAGCAUUUACUUACUCCUGCCUCUUCCUUUCACUUUCUUUAUUGCCUUCCAGGAAAUCAUACUCUCUUGCAUGAAUCGCUACAGUAGUGUCCUAACUGACCUCUGUGCUUCUUAUCAUCAUGCUAUGUCCUGUCACCUAAUCUGCUCCCAGCAGCCAGCAUGAUCACCCACCCUCAGCCAUCACUGCCGUCUUCCUCAGAGUAGUCCAAGGCUUGCCACCCACCAGUGUGCCCUCUUCCCGGUAGCUCAGCUGGGAAAAUACUGUUGCAGUAUCGUUUGAUGUCACAGCUCUGAUGGCACUGCCAAGGGUCUGGCAAGCCGGAGGGCCUGGAAGUGCCCCACCUGGGGAACUUCCCAGGAACAUGAGAGUCAGCAGGGGGGACGCCAGGUGAACAUGGCAGUCCAGGAGGCUCUUCCUUCUUGUGCUUCCCGUGCCCCUCUCUGGAGCCUUCAAGGGUCCCUGGGGCCUGCACAAUCAAGUCUAAAUUUUUCGUCUGGCUUCAGGGCUGGAGCUUUCACACGUAGAAUCCCAUACGCCAUCUUACCUUUAUAGUCCGUCAUUCCUUUUCACUUCCUGGACACCAGGUACCCCUUGUCUCUUACACAUUCCCACCUCUAUGUUUUGUGCUUGCCCACUUUCUUGUGUAACAGGGAUCAUUUUUUCAGCCAGCUGUCUCCUCAUCCUUGUUCUUUAGCUGUCUCUCCUAAGGCCCCAGAGUCCCACUGUCAGGAAGGACUCUGAGCUCCAUUGGUGCCCUGGGAAAUGAAGCUCUGUAUCUGAAGGUGAUGAUUUGUUUGAGGAUGUGGGGGAGUGGGGUUCUAUUUUGGAGCUCCUGAAAUCUGGUGCACAAGGGACCUCAGUCCUGCCCACAUAGCAGCCUGACUGAUGAGAUACAGCCUGAGCUGUACCAACUGGGUCUAGGUACCCAGAGUCUCUGACAUCGGAUCCAUGAUGCAUAGAUGAGAUGGGAUAAGGUAUGCCAGCCAAGGGACACCUAGCAGGGCUUAUCCCCAGCACUGGCAGAUGUGUGUACGUGUAGUCUAUGUGCACAUGUCUGUGUUGCUGUGUGGGCUGUGCAUAGUACAUAUAGCUAUGUGGAUCUGACAUGAAUGUGUCACUGUGUCCUAUGGGCCUUGUGUCUGUGUGUUCCUAUGUGUCUUUCUCUAGCUGUGUAAGUGUGGGUAUGUGCUCUCUGCAAACAACAGGUAUAUAAGAAGUGCCCUGAAGCCAGUGCCCAAGGGGCAGGGGAAAGGGUGGCCACCAGUGACCCCUCGAUCCCUCUCACUGUCCUAGUUGCCAUGUACUGCAGCUGACCAUAGCAAGGGCUCUGACUACAGCACAGAAGGCACUGGUCAGGAAGCAAGUUGGAGCUGGGCUCUCACAGCCCAGGCCAGGACAGAGACCUCUUCAUCCUGACCUUACUUCCCAGUCCGCACCUCGGUUCCUCCUGCUGCUCUCCGUCUGCCCACCCAAAGGCCUAGUUUGCUGGCUACACUGCUCACGCCUUUCCAGGAAAGCUCCCAGGAUUCUCUUGGUCCUCAGACUCUGUGGCAAGAUGGACUCUUCCCCUGGCUGACCCAGGGAGAGGGACAGGCAUGGCUCUGCCUCUACCCUGUGAAAUGUGGUUUGAGGGUUUACAGCUAUUACUGCUUAUGGAAAAAAUAUUUUUCUUUCCCAGGUACCUGCAGUUCCACCUUUGGCAUGCCAUCUCUGAUCUUACUUUGUGAUAGGCUAUCCUUAGAGAAUACACAUAGUGGGCUUUUCUUUGAGGGAGAAAAAAAUUUGGUGCAGAAAUGAGGAUUUGGGGGUCAGGACUGUUGUGUCAGGACAGGUAGUGAUUAGAUGUAUCCUUGGGGGUCUCAAUCUUCCUACUGCCUCAGGGUCCUUGCUAGGGAAGGAAGGGUGGUCCUUGCAGAGAGUGUGUCCAGUCCCCAUGCAAGGGGCGUAGGACUACAGGUGCCAUGGGCCCCUCCUGUGCCCGCAGCUGGGCAUUGGCCCCUACAUGCACACUAUAAUCCUGGGUGCUCACUGCUUCCUGGGAGGCCUGUUGUUAUGGGCUGUGGGACGGUAUACUUGUAGUCACCCCACACCUCUGACCCACUGAGGCUUCCCUUGGUCCCAGGUAUACCCUCAAACAUGCAGUUCCUGGGAGAUCACUCUCAGUUGAGACCUCUUGGUCUUGACUUAAUGGAUUUGGGCCCUCAGUCCUGCCCCCCAGCCUGUUGACAGGCCAGGCCCUUGGUCUAGAUGUCUUUGGGUAUAGGGAAAAUGAGGGUGUGUAGCACCUGAGCAGUGCCCAGGAGGUGUGUGAAGGCCCUGCAUCUUUGCCUGUAUCCCAAUACCUGCUCUGGCACAGGGCCUGGCUGUGUGGGGAGGUCAUUGAUAAGCUCUCCAUGGUGGUUUCUAGCCUCUCAGUCCCCUUCUCCCUCCCCUGUUCUCCCUGUGUGUCUCUUCUUGUGCUCCUGGCCCCUUGUGGGAUAGGUUAGGAUAUCCUGGCUUCUCCAAGGCAGUCAGAGCUCUGUCAGGCUCUAGACAGAGGUUGUCAUUUGGGGGCAGUUAGACCCAGAGGAAGGCAGACUCUGGCCCACGGUCACAUAGCUAGUGGGGACAGACUCCUGCCUCCAGCCCCAGCCCCAGCCCCAGCCCUUGCCUGAGUUACUCUAAUAGCCUGUUAUCUUGGCAAAACUCAGGGCAGAACAGCCAGCCUCAAAAAAAUGCAAGAGGCCAGUCACAGAUUUGGGAGAGGUGAGUGGAGAGAAGCCCCACUAGGCAUCCUUGCAGGGGGGUCUCUGCUGCCCGGCCUCCCUUCUCCAGGACCCUACGCCAGCUCCCAGUCACUGCUCCUCCUGUCCCAGCCCCAGCCGCAGCCAUGCCCUGCCAUCAGCCAGCUGUGGCUCUGGUAGCAGCACUCCCAGCCCUGGUAGGCAGGCCUGGCAAUGGGACUGUCUCCAUUUCACAUGCCAGGAAGCUGAGUGAGGCCAGGGAGGGGAAGGAAAUGAUUUGAGGACAUGAAGUAAAGUAGCUGAGACUGAGCCAAUUUUCUAUCAUUUAAUCUCCAUUUAGGGAAUUGGGGGUCAGGGAUGAAGUAAUAAGAUACCAAGCCCUGUGGGCUGCGGUCCGGGGGAGGGGGCAGGAGGAGGAAAGCAGGAAACAGAGAGCAACAACAAGUAACAGAUGUGCUGGGACACAAGCUGUGUCAGGGGAGCCUCAGGGGAGGAAGCCCAUUUCUGGCCAGAGACUGGAAUGGGUGAGAUCCAGGAAGGCCUCCAGGUUGGCAGUAAAAAGCAAGCAACUGUACUUUCCAGACAGUUCCACUGGAGAAAGUUGGCAAGGCUGAAUUGCAUGGAUUGAACAUUUGGGAUCAACUGUGGCAAAAUUUAAAUGUUAGGUGCACGGAGGCGACGGGGAACCAGAAAAGUGAAAGUGUGACAGGCAAAAGGUCUGGCGAAAGGUCUCUGGCAAGCUGGGUGCACAGAGGGCCAGGCAGGCCUGGUGUGCAGAGUGCUGAGUCAUAGGAAUGGCAGUGGGGCUGGGGAAAAGAGGACAGUUUCGGAGGCACGACAGAGGGUUGAACUGACAGAACUGGGGCCUGAUUGUAUGUGGGUGAGAGUGGGGAGGAGAUCAGGUUUCUCCCAGAUCUGUCCUGGGGGAUGGGGUGGGUGGUGGUGUCCUGAGCAGAGGCAGGCAGUGUAAUCCGGAGAAGGAGGUGGUUCAGGACAGAGGUGGGGAGACAGAUGCUGAGUUCUGUGUGGGCCAAACUGAGUCAGAGGUGCUGUGGGACCCCAGCGGGGAGAUUGAGGGUCUGGAAGUAGGAGAGAGCUCUGAACUCACCUGUGGUUGUGGAGACCACAGGGGGGGUUGAGACCACCCUGAGGUGGGAGUGUGGAGGGGAGACAAGGGCACUGAGGGGGGGGGGGGGCUUGAAUAACUCCUAUGUGAAAGGCAGCGUUUCUCCAGACCUGCUCUAUCUAAUUCAGGAGCCACUAGCCACAUGUGGUUGGUGAGCACUAGAAUGUGGCUAGUCUGAAGUGAGAUACACUGUAAGGGUAAAAAGUACGUACCAGAUUUUGAAGGCAACACACACACAAAAAGAAAUUUAAAAAAAGAUAUAGAUAUAUAUAUAUAUAUUUUUUUACUAAUGUUUUAUAUACAUAGUUUGUCCCAAUGUUACUAAAAAAUACAUAUUUUUACUAAUGUUCUUAUACUGACAUAUUGAAAUGCUAAUAUUUUUGAUCUAUUGGGCUAUAAGUAUAUUAUAAACAUUAACUUCACCUGUUUCUUUUUACCUUCUAAAAAAAAUGUAUCAACUAGGAAAUUAAAAAUUACACAUGUG